GGCCAACCACCCACCACCUACCACACGAAUCCCCGCCAACGAGUUGCCCUUACCGACGAAGACAAAAAUCUGGACAAUCUACUAUCCCAGGUUCAGAUCAAACCCCCUGCCUUGAUUAAGGCAGCUCAACCGCCAGGAUGCCCGGCUUCGAUUUCUCAAACUACAACCGCAAUGCGGCGCUCCACGCGCGGGGCGUACCGCUGCCCAAGGCCACCAGCACAGGAACAACCAUUGUCGGUUGCAUAUACGACGGUGGCGUAGUGAUCGCGGCCGACACACGAGCAACAUCAGGCCCGAUCGUUGCCGACAAGAACUGCGAGAAGCUGCACUACAUUGCGCCCAACAUCUGGUGCGCCGGCGCCGGCACGGCCGCCGACACCGAGUUUACGACCAGCCUGAUCAGCUCAAACCUGGAGUUGCACGCCCUCUCGACGGGCCGCAAGCCCCGCGUGGUCACCGCCAUGACGAUGCUCAAGCAGCACCUGUUCCGCUACCAAGGGUACAUUGGUGCCUACCUGGUCGUCGCGGGCGUCGACCCAACCGGCACGCAUCUCUUUACCGUGCACGCGCACGGCUCGACCGACAAGCUCCCCUACGUGACGAUGGGCUCGGGCUCGCUCGCGGCCAUGGCGGUGUUCGAGACGCAGUGGAAGCCUAGCCUGACACAAGAGGAGGCGGUCAAGCUGUGCGCCGACGCGAUCGAGGCGGGUAUCUGGAACGAUCUGGGGUCCGGCAGCAACGUGGACGUGGCCAUCAUCACGGCCGAGAAGACAACGCUGCGGCGCAACUACAUCAAGCCCAACGAGCGCGCGCAGAAGCUCAAGAGCUACGCCUUCCCCAAGGGCACCACGGCUGUGCUCGACGAGAAGAUCAUCCACAAGGAGGAUUUGAGCAAGUUUGUGACCGUGCAUGAGCUGACGGAGCAGAGCGGUGAUGUGAUGGAGGUGGACGCUUAGCUUCUUGGCCCACUUCGGGCGACGAGUUGGCUCCAGCGAAGUUAAGUCUCGGGGUAGCUAGAAGGGAGUUUAUGUACAAAUAGCGGGAUCACGAUGCUGCGGGUUUAGAGACAACGCGAAAUGACCUACCAUUUACCGUUCAUGCCAAUGCUGGCUGCAUAUUGCUAUUGCUUUUCAUGACGUCUCUUUUCGACUUCGGUCAUGGUUACCGUAUCUUAGGAUUGUACGGAUUCCUAGCGUGAAGUCGGAUAGUUUUCUGCUCAACAUUAUAUUUCUUCGGAGAACGACUUAAUGGGGCCUGUUUCGUCAAACGGAAGGGGACUUCGCGGGUCUCAUCUUCCAUUCAGCACCCAAACUUG